CAAAUGGUUAAGGGCAAAGCGUUGCAUAACAGAACAUGUCUGCAGCACGGUAUCGUCGGUUCUUGAAACUCUGCGAAGAAUGGCCACGGGACGAAUCAAAGAAAGGCCGAGAUUUAGGAACGUUUCUACGGCAGAGAGUAACCCAUGCCUUUCGUGAAGGUGAAAACACACAGCUCUCUGAUCCAGAGAAGUGUGAUCAAAUAUAUGAAAGCUUGGCCCGAAUCAACACUAAUGUAUACCGAGAAAGAUUCCCCCGCACAAGAGAUACCAGUUUUACAGGUGUCACAGUGGAAGAAUGUAGAAUGCUAUUAGCAACAGGUAACAUGCAGCAGAUGGAUGAGGAGAAGAAGGGCUUGUGGAAAACUCUCACGGAGCGAUUCUCCACCAAACAAGAUGUCACCCCUGAGAAGGCUCCUGAGAACAAGUAGCACUUCUGUAUGUUUUCUUUCCCCUUCAGCCACCUUAGAAAUAACCAAAUAAAUAAGAAUAAUGUUUUAUCUUGUCAUUUUAGCAGGGCCAUUGUAACUAACAUACAGAAUAAAUGACUGAGCACAGAAA